AUGAUAAGUGGACUUCUGACAGAGAGAGACCCUCGCUGCAAAUCCAGUUGACACAAAUGAAAGCCAGCAUCCUAAAUCCAACACCAUGCCUGGACUCAUUAACAAGGAGAAUCGGAGCGCCUUGCCCCUCAGUGUCUCUGAUAUCACUUCCUGUGUCAGGGGUUAUACUCUGGCUCUGACAGCUUCUAUGACCUAUGAAAAUAUUGAGGAUCAUGCAAUUGAAGGGAUCUUCAUUUAUCCACUGGAGGAAAAUUCCAUCGUAGUAGGGUUUGAGGCUAUGAUAUCCAGUCAAAUUAUAACGCUGCAAGUCAAAGACAAAGCAAAAAUUGAGGACUGUUAUCUUGAUUGCUGCAACACAUCUAAUGGAGCCCUCCAGAGUGGCAGCGGAUACAUACUGUUGGAUGAGGAUUUGGAGAGGACAGUGUUGGUGGUUAACCUUGGGAUCAUCCCUCCUAUGGAGACGGUCCAUAUUCUGGUCAGUACCUCCUCUGAGCUCUCCACCCUACCCAGCGGGGGCAUCAUUGUGUCAUCCCCACCGGUGUGUACACCUCGGGUACAGAGGACCAUUAAUGAGGAGCAGGGACUUUCCCCAAACUUCUCCAGAACGCGGGACAGGCAUACCUGUGCCUCAAGUCCUCAUGAUCAAACUCCCAACUCCCCUCAGCUGUGGUUGGCUUCACUGCUGGAGGAGGAGACCAUCAACUCCAUGGACUACAAGUUUAACUUUCAGCUGGAGAUACGUGCUCCUUAUCUCCUUGCAGGUGUGGAGAGCCCGUCUCAUGCCAUCCGAGCUGAUGCAGAUCCUCUGGCCCGCUCUGCCACAAGUGUUGUUAUCACUCUGGCGGACAAAUACACUUAUGACUGUCCUGUCAAAAUCAUCAUUUACCCCAGCGAGCCUCAUCUGCCACAUGUGCUCAUCGAGAAUGGAGACAUGACACAGGAGGAGUAUGAUGAGUAUCUUCACGGCCGGAGCGAUUUCAUCAAGGCCACCAAGAAGGAUGCCAGCAACGAGAGGAAAGUGGAUAUCAUUCACAGGCGACUCCACAAGGACAUCCUCCACAACCCUGUGGUUAUGUUGAACUUUUGUCCUGACCUCAAGUCCAUCAGCUCAGACCUGAGGAAGGUUCACGGCGAGUUUAUCUUCCUCAUUGACCGCAGCGGCAGCAUGAGCGGGGUUAACAUCAACCGUGUGAAGGAUGCCAUGGUGGUGAUUCUCAAGAGCCUUGUGCCUGGCUGCCUUUUCAACAUCAUAGGCUUCGGCUCUACAUUCAAAUCACUGUUCACAACCAGCCAGAACUAUGAAGAGGAUGCCCUGGCCCUGGCUUGUGAGUAUGUCAGGAAGAUCAGAGCCGACAUGGGUGGGACCAACAUCUUGUUACCGCUCAACUGGAUCCUGAGGCAGCCGAUGUUCAGCGGACACCCACGCCUGCUCUUCCUGCUCACCGAUGGGGCCGUCAGCAACACAGGCAAAGUUAUCGAGCUGGUCCGCAGGCAUGCACGCUACAUCAGAUGUUUUACGUUCGGCAUAGGACAGAACGCUUGCAGGAGGCUGGUGCAGGGACUGGCGACAGUUUCUAAAGGAACAGCAGAGUUCCUGGCCGAGGGAGAGAGGCUGCAACCCAAGAUGAUAAAGUCCCUGAAGAAAACCAUGUGUCCAGUACUCAGCGACAUUUCCAUUGAGUGGCUCUUCCCCGAGACCAAGGAAGUGCUGCUGUCCCCCGUGGGAAACACCUUCCUGUUUCCAGGGGACAGUCUGAUUGGCUACAGUGUGGUUUGUGACACCACCCGCUACCACGCCAACCCCAAAUCUGAUAAGAGGAGGCGGUACAGCAUGAUGCGCUCCAUUGAGUCAGCCAGCUCUGUGUUUUACCACUCUCAAGAGGAGGACCCAGUGAAGACAAGUGUUGACAGCCAGGGCUCCUACAAGGAGGCACCCUCUGGUCCUCUGUAUGACUCCUACCCGGACUCCAUGACAGACGGCAGCCUUGCCGGCACAGAACAAGACACCAUGGGGUUGGAUAAGACAUCACCAAGACGGCGGGCGUACAGUACCAACCAGAUAAUAGAGUUCAACCCGACAAAGAAGGUCUACACUCCCAGUGACCCUAGUUCUGUGGUGGCCAAGAAUCCACUGAGGAGAGCCAAGGUCCAGGAGCUGAUCAACCAGAUGAGCCCCGAGCAUGAGGCGCAGUGGAAGAACGACUACCAGCCACAGCUGGCGAGCCUGUGCGCUGUGUCUUCCAGAGGGCGUCCUGCCAGCUGUCACAAGCCAGUCCCUCAGCAGGAGCCUCUUCUGCAGCAGGAAGCCGACUCAGAGCUUCAUUUCCAUCCCCAGCCUCAGGACAACCCUCUGCCCAGCAGCAGUGGUGUGCUGCCAGCAUCUCGCAGCACUGCUGGGGAAGAUGGAUCCAGAUCCUCCACUGACAGCCCAUCUGUUGGCAGCGUCGGAGAUACAGAUGGUUAUGGACACCAGUUAUGUCAAGCAGAAACCCCACAGGAAACCCAAAUUUCAGACCUGGGCGCGGCCAACCAGCACAAAGGUGACUGCAAAGCUGUGGUGUCCGGACUGUUGUGUGGGAAACCGAUGAAGUGGGAGGUGGUCUUUGACAUCAAGCCGUUCCUGAACGGACGGGAACGUGAGGAGAAGGUUCACGAGGAGCUGUGGAACGAGACCUUCCACCACCUGGCUGGACGCUCCAUCAUACACGACUUUGAGCACAUGGCGGAUAAAGAGUGUGAGAUUGAGCAUGGCUCUGGCAGGAAGUACCAGCUGUAUGCUAUUCACACCAGCAAAGCCUGCAAUAUACUGAGCAAAUACACAGCGUUUGUUCCCAUCGACCUGGACACUAAUGAGUAUUUGCAGACAUGUAUUGAAUACAUAAGCCCCGGUGAAGGUCUGAAGAGGGGCUCGCACUCCAGCUCUCGUUCAGGGAGCAGGAAGAACAGAGGUUACUCCAUUGGACUGGGUCGCUCUCAGUCUGGUGGCAUGUCGGAGGAACUUGAAGACGUCCUGUUGCCCAACAGUGGGGACGAUAUUGUCUCUCCAUGUAGCACUCCCUCCUCCUCUGGCUGGGAGAGAUGUAGUUUCACAGAGGUCUCCCAAAGGAGUCCGUCUGUGACCUCUGACCAAUCACAGAAAUCGGUGGAGAGCCUUUUUUCUGCCAGGUUGGCCCUCAGCAGGACUCGGCUACUGACUCGAGCUGCCAAAGGAUUCAUGUGUCGAUCUCACAGCAAGUCCGGCGAUUCAAUCGGAGAAAGCGACAAUGAGAACAAAGACUACAUUCCUCUGCUCUUAUUGCAGUUGGCUAGUGGUGCAUUUCCCUUGGACACAGCUCUGUGCGAUGCCAUUAACGUGCCCAUGGAUAAGCUAAAGUGGACGUCCCCCUUCACCAGCCACCGCACCAGCCUGGGCCACUUGUCUCACUCCAGCGCCCGCCGAGCUGAGAGUGCCGAUGAUGGGCACAGAUCACCGUGUGAGCCAGAACCAUAUCAGCAGCCUGCAGAGCAAACUGUAGGUAUCCACAGCCCCUCUCAUCUGUCCAGGAGCACCUGGACGGAUGCUGCUUCCUCCUUGUUAGGAAGUCCAUCCACCCUUGCUGAGCCCCCACUGUCCCCACACUCCCAAGUGGACAGUGGACGGAGCUCUGGUUCAGGGGGCUUGGAAACAGCAUUACCUGGCGGUGUGCUUAAGAGGAUGCUGAAUCCAGAGAGCAUGGUGUGGGCCACGGCUGUGGCCCUCGCCUGGCUGGAGCACAGCUCUGCCAGUUAUUUCAUAGAGUGGGAACUGGUAGCCGCCAAGGCCAGCAUGUGGUUGAGUGCACAGGAUAUCCCAGAAGGCCGAGAUUUAGCCUCCGUCAAGGCUGCUGCCAAUCAGCUCUUCAUCAUCCUCAGACACUGGGACGAAAACCUGCAACUGAACAUGCUCUGCUACAACCCUAACAGUGUCUGA